AUGGAAGCACUGUUCGACAGGUAUCAUGGGCAUGUGGUCCCAAGAGCCUUCAAUGGCGGCUUCAUCACGCUCAGCUUCGCCGUCAGUCUGAUCGGCGCAGCAUCCACUCUCGAGUUGCUGAACAGGCGAACUUCGCCCAAAGGCAAAUUCAACCAUCUCCUCCUAGUCAGUUCCGCCGUCACGAUGGGCGGCAUCGCCAUUUGGUGCAUGCAUUUCAUCGGUAAUCGAGCCAUCGACUUGGGCAAUGGAGAACCCGAGCUGCAGAUUGCGUAUUCGAGCGGCUUCACGGCCUUAUCCUUCUUCGUCCCCAUCGCCGUGCUCCUCGCCGCCUUCGUCGCCGUCGGUAUCAACAACACCGUGUCCUGGUGGCGGGUUUGUAUUGGAGGCGUCCUGGCCGGUGCCGCUAUCUGCGGGAUGCAUUAUCUCGGCAACAACUCCAUCGACAACUACAUCUGCAUCUACAACCCGAUCAACGUCGUCGGCGCGGCCCUCAUCGCCGUUGCCGCCAGCAUCGUCGCCCUCGCCCUCUUCUUCGUCUUCCGGGCGGCGUGGACCACGUCCUGGUGGAAGCGCGCCGCGUGCUCCGUCGUCUUGGCCGGUGCGGUCUCGGGUAUGCAUUGGUGCGCUGCCACCGGCACAGAGUACGAGCUUGUACGUCUCAACACCGGGAGCAACGAGCUGUCCCGUAACACCACCGUCAUUGUCGUUAUUUGCCUGUCGAUUGGCGCUUGUUUCGUCAUGGGCGGAACGGCCAUUUAUACCGCCCGCAUCAUGAGACGCUACGCCAGCAAGGCCCAGCAGGUGGUUAUCGCGGCGGCGGUGUUCGACAAGCACAACCGUAUCCUUGUCAACCCGGACGGUCUGAUCCCGACGGAGAAGAUCACCGACACGUUCCUCGAGAAGAAUGCCAGCGACACCUUUAGCAUUGCCCAUCCCCUCUUUCUGUGGAUGUUCCAGGCGUCGCGGAACUGGUCGGGCAUCUCAACGCUCGUCGGCGGCAUGUCGAACCACCUGGCCCACCUCCCGAGACGUGGUCGCGACCGUGAUUCCCGCGCCGGCAUUCAGCUCAUCAAUGAGCACGGCGAGCUCAUCGAGAACUACGACGUCAUCUUCCGCGAGCUCUUCUGCGUCGCCGCCGCCGGCCUAGCCGAGAAGAUGAAGGAGCACCUGACAUCUGUUGGAUUGCUCUGGGACGAGAUCCUGCCCACCGGUGCCAGCGGAGAACGGCCCGAGCACGGAACGAGCAGCCAACAAGACGGCCCCGCCGUGAGGCCCGACGGGACAACGAGAAAGGUUGAGGCAUCCAGCACCACGGCCGAUCUCGCGGAAAAGGGCAUCGGCCGUCGGAAGCAUCACGAGUUCGGCCGCGGGGCUCUCAUGUUCUUGGUCCGACGAGUGCAGACGGACCGUGAGACCGAGAGGCUAGAGGCGGCCGGCUACCGUUUCGCAGAGCUCCGCCAGGUCAGCAACAUCAUCGUGUCCAGCAUGCAGAUCAAGUCGGCCGACUUCGAGUCCAAGCUGCACAACAUGGCCGCAUACGCCAACGAAAACAACCAGCUCGAGCCCGGGGUGCAUAUGGGAUUCUUUGGCAUCCGCGCCCGUGUUGGCAGCUACGGGUUCGACGUCGCCGUCCGCAAGGGCGCCCGGCACCUGCUGCCCAGCGUGCAGAUGCCCAUUGACCGCAUCGAGCAGUGGCAUCUGGAUUUCCUCCGACAGCUCGACCGACUAACGGCCCUAGGCAUGAGCAGAAGGAUUGCCUCCCUGAGCAACGUGGGCACAAGAGAGGCGCACUUCGCGGCUCAGUUGACGGACAGCCUCGACGCAUUGCGGACCUGGAUCGAUGACCCCAUUCUCAACGAAGCCAUUCUCACCAGCACCGUUGUCACGCUGCCGGCGAACCAUGCCCCUGGCGAUGCGGCGCCGCCUCAGCCGACGAGCCUGAUUGCUUUCCGCUUGGUUAUCCCGAUCCACGUCAACGUCACCAGUUCCAAGUGCGAGUUCAUCCCGUUGAACUUCUUCAAGGUUCAUCAGCUCGUCGGCCGCCACGCGUCGCGGAAUCUUGCCUUUACGCAGUCGGUGCACCGCGAGCUGGCGCCGGUCCUCCAGUCCGUUCCUCCUCUCGAGAAGCCGACGCCGGCAAAACACAGUGAUAAACAAUCGCGCCUGUCAUCACGUCUUCGUAGGUUUGGUAAACUGAGCCCGUCACACCCGGUUGACUCGGAAGGGAACCCGAUCCCCACAGUCCUCGGACGCGCUUCGUCGGCGACAAACUCGAACGAAUCAAGCUCAACUCUGAAGCUUUGGUCGGGACGUCGCGACAGCGACGCCCUCUCGCCGGGGACUUCGAGCUUUGAAGCAGCUCCUCCGGCGUACGCUAACCACGAGGCGGGUAAUCAGUCGACGCCCUUUGGUGGCAUCAUGGUGUCGGAGGAGAUCCGAGUCGAGGUCUCCAACGCCGACGAUGUUGCGCACCCGGUGGCUCAUGAAGCGACGAUAUCGCAUCGGCGGACGCCGACGAUGAUGACCAGACGAGCAAGCGACAGCACCGGAAACAUGGUGGUCGGUGAGCAGGCGGGGACGGCGACGGAAGAGGGGCGUAGCAACGGCGGCAGUGGCGGAGGCGGCGGCGGCGGCAUCGAGAUGCGGACGCUGCAGGUGGCCGAGGUGAGAACCAAGGUUCAUACCGGCGGAGCGACCCAGACAUCGAACGUGGAGGCGGAGAGAGUGAACGAGGCGCCGACGUUCGUGGACGAGCUGUUUGCAAUUGCCAUUGAGAACCGGUAA